AUGUCUGCUACAACACCUCAAAGAACAUCCCUGCGACAGGGCCUGCGCCAGGCCCCUAAGGUCAACCAGCCUUUCAUUCCCGACACAGCGCCGACCCGCCGUUCGCAUCACCACAGCUUCACAUCUCCUCAGCCCCAAAUGUCUCCCCAUAUGAGCAUGAAUCCCGCAGCGAAUCCGCAGAGUGCACAUUUCGCAGUCGAUAGCUGGGAAGGGAAAAACCAGGCGCAAAUGCCGAUGUCUGUGCGGGAAGUUCCAACCCCAGGUAACCGGCCGGGGCACUUUGCGAGCCUUUACGAUUCCCGGAAUAAAGCAGCCAAAGCCCCUGAUUUCUAUGAUCCUUACUUUCCCCUCCGGUACCUCGAAGUUCCCCGAACCGAUCACAUUUACAAGCGCGCUCACUACGGCCUGCAGUCUGGUAUCCAGGAUGAGGUCGACUUUGCAUUAUAUCAUCUGGUCCAGAUAUCCAACCAAAGAUGGGACAAGUUUAAAUUCGAGGGAUUUCCACUGCUCGCAGAAACUCUUAUGCAAAAGGCGUUAGACGUCACGUUUCUUUGCACGGGUGUCAAAUGGGAAUUUGAAUAUGACCCUCUCAAGCCAUCUGACCGAGUCAAUGUCCUCAACUCGUUGCAUGGCACGCGAACUGUCCUUGAAAAGAUCCAACAAAUCCCGAUCACUCUGCCGUCCGAUACGCUGGAGACCUCCGAGUUCAACCACCUGAUUCGGAACGUGAGAGAGGCAACUUUAGUGUUGCGCAACAUGGUUCUUCUCGCAGAGAAUGCGUUCUACGUUUCUCGAUAUGCCAGUGGCCUUUUACGAGACUUUCUGGUCAUUCUCAUGAAUUUACCAAACCAGCCUCGAUUUACUGAAAUCAAGAACGACGCGCUAGAUAUCGCCGAAGAGGUGACAAAAUACAUGCGUACGGACGCUCAAGACCCUCUCUGGGUUUCCCUCGUUAGCUUCUUGGAUUCACCGGACCGGGCGCACAUCAUUCGAGCUCUUUGGGCAUUGACUCAUUUUUCCACGGAGCUAGAGGAUGGGGAUGUCAACCGAGCCAUCGAUCAUAUGUCCAAACCCACUCUCCAGCAGAUGUACUAUCACACCCUCUUGGAUCUCGACAGAGACAUACUGAGCGGCGCGCUGGAUUUCUGGUACCAAUACACACUAAGCCCUGACAAUAUCGAAACCCUCAUGGAUGUGAUCAACUUCCCCACCAUCCUCGUCCCUCGUAUGGUCGCACUACUCACAUAUGAAGCGAGGCCGACAAAGAAGGAGACCGUUCUGCAAGAAGAGAAGGUCGCACCGCCGCCAUCAGAUAUCCCCCGCGUUCCACACGAGCUUCUGGAGAAGCUAAUGGAGCUAUCAGAACCAGAGCGAAGCUCACAGUGGCUCCGUUGCUGCUUUGUCGAGGAUGCCGAGUGCGAAAUUACUCAAAUUGCUCUCUGGCAAGCUUACCAAACCCGAUUCGCCAACCCUCAACUUCCAGGUAGUGGUGUUCUUCCCGCAGCUGAAUUCAUUAAGAAUGUUAGCAAUACCUUUACGAAUGCACAGGCCCAAGUCAUUAAUGGCCCCGGGACCGCCACAAAAUUUAUUAUCAAGGGUAUUCGGCCGUUGGAAACCGCCUAUACGUUCGACGGUUUCCCAUAUCUCUACUGCAGGUGGGCAGACAACUCAAAGCCAUCGAAGAUGUGUCAACGUGCAUUUGUCUCCCCCGCCGACCUUCGAAACCACAUCUUCGGCGAGCACAUGAAGCUGCAGGCCACCGAAACACCCGGGAAGUUCAAAAUGGAAGCUGCUGAAACCCCCAUCCAUGGUUGUCAAUGGGAUAACUGCACACGAUUCCGAGUCUCUGGGCCCAGUGCCAAUACUUCCUUGGUUGCGGGUCAUAUUAUCUCUCAUCUGCCUGAGGAUAGACCUGCUGAUGCGGAACCCCCAAGCACCAAGCGUCCUAUUCUCCAGGAGCGAAUAGUCCGCAAGUGGUACUAUAUGGACACCCCGAUCAACGAGAAGCACGAGCCCAUUGGAGUUGCAUACAAGGCAGCCCUAGUCUUGCGCAACAUCGCUCGCGGCCUUCCAAACCGGGAAGCUUUGAAAUAUGGGAAUGUCUCCUGGAAGAAGGCUUGCUUCGUCAGCCAACGUGCCAAGAUCGUGGAGGUCUGGGACCGCAACCGUUCUCUACGCAAGGAGCUGACGGAGUUGAUUAUGGUCAUGGAAAAGGAAGUUGACUAUUGA